UUGUCUGAUGGCUGAGUAAGCGUGGACCUGCGUUCUGGUUUUGUUGCUUUCAAGAGUUACACUAUACGCGCGCGGUGUCGAGCUGGACACACGUUUUUCCCCCCGUCCGUCCGUUCGUUCGUCGCUAUUACAUCCGAGUGAAGAAUUUAUUACUGGCUCAUUCAGUGUUUGUGUUACAUUGGCGACUCUCGUCAAGGAAGUGUUCGAUUCCAGUGCAGUGCAGUGCGGAAUGACGGCGAUCACGUUGGAUUUUCAAACGCGUCAACCAGUGUGGCACCCGAAAGCCAAUUAUUCGAAUUAUUAAAUUUUUCAAAAUCAAAUCUUUCAAAGAAGACGGGAUACCAAAAUGUCAACAUGAAAAUCGUUUGGCAGUCUGGUCUUUUUUUGUUGACUCUCUUGGCCACUGCGGCCGAGGCUAAACCCAUCGCACCGCGGGACUCGACUCCCCUGGCCGAUGUCGUCACACCAACUCGCCUGGUUCAAACGAUUCAAAAUUACAUGCCAGAAGUCUUGGUAUUGGUGGAACUUGUCAAAAAAGACGAUGGAAGUCAAACGAAUCAAAAAGAGUGGGCCCAGCCGCACGUCCUUUGGGUUGUCCAGCAGGACGACGGACCCGCGGAGAACGGCAAGGAUCUAGCGACAUCCGAUCCCAACAUUCUACUGAUGGUGGAAAAUUUCCAAUUGAAUCAACAGUGGUCAGAGUCCAGUGUAGCACCUCGACUGGCCCGUGAUAUGAGCCGGGAUGCUGAGCCGGACGAGCCCUCAGAUCCAGAGUACAUGGAGACGGGCACUUCGCGCGGCAAUUACUACGAUGUAUACAUUGUUCCUCGACGCAGUCGGGCACCUGAAGCACGUCCUCCACCCACGUUACUUUUACCCCCUCCGUCGUACAUGCAUACGGCUACACCUAGACAUUACAAUGCUGCCGAAUACAACGGCCAAAGCAACAGAGUCUCCGGCAGAAGUAUCAAUUCGCCCAUCGCGUCUCCCAAUCAACACAACGACGACGACGAUCCUCCCGAUUUUCUCUCGACGCUGGUCACCCUUCCGCAAGUGUGGAUGCACGACUUGAGCCACAUGAUUAUCCAGCCUCUGCGGAAACCGUCUUCCGGCGAACGAGACAGCUUCGAAUAUUUCGGAAUGGUUGGCAAGGCGCCCUUUAUUCAAUGUCCGCUCGGCUUUAAGAAAAGCUCUUUAGGAACAUGUCGUCCGGUAUUCCGGAGUCGCAGGAAUUAUCCAAUGAGCAGCGCUCAGGAGCCAGACAAUUUAGAGAUCGAGUCAACCACCACCACGACGACUACCGUGGCGACAACAACGACCGUUGAGGAGAACGCGACCGCUACCUCUACCAGUUCGCAUUAUAAAUAACUGGUUUAUACGUUAUACAAGUUGGAUCAUCGUUUUACAUUUACGUCAACACGCUGUUACAUAUUUUCGAUUUUUUAUCACCCGCUUUUACUAUACUUAUGGUCAAUUUCGGUCAUUUCUUUUCAGUGUACGUAUCUUAUAACCGAAAUAUUUUGCAAAAAGGCUGAAAUUGUUCCAUUCCGAUAAAAUGACGAGUGUCGACACUUUUAAAAAAGGAGCAAUCAAAUCAGGGGAGGCCUACCUUGGCUUUCGUGAGAAGUUUUCCCAAGCCCCAAAACGUUCCUCCGCCCGUUGCCGUUCCACCGAUCCGUUCGUAUCGAUCUUCUGCUUCCACCUGUUUACGUGCAGAAGGGACAGAAUAAUGAGUUUAAAUGUGAUGGACAUGCGAAAAGAAAAGAAAGGAAAAAAAACCUUCAUGAUGCUGACACCGGAGCCAAUAUUGACGAGAAGAUAAGGGAAAAUACACGGAUCAACGUUCGGGAAACGGUAUUCGGGAUUCCCGUGGCGUUGGUAAAUAAAUA